CCCUACAUUUUAGUAUAUCUCCAUUUCUCUCUGUUUCUUACUUAUUGCUUUUUCUAUAAAAAGCCCAUUUCUAUUUGCCAUUACCUAACUGGUGUACACACUUCUUGCUAGCAUUUUGCUGCAUCCAGCUUUCUCCAUAAUUUCAGCCAUGGCAGAUCGAUUUCUCACACUCUUUCUAGUUUUGGCCUUUUUCACCAUCUUUGCUUCCCACAUUUCAGUUUCAGCUACAACAAUGACAUUGUUGAACAAAUGUAGCCACCCGGUGUGGCCAGGAAUCCAGCCAAGUGCAGGUAAGCCGAUUCUGGCUCGUGGAGGGUUUAAGCUUCCGCCGAAUAAGGCAUACAGACUUAGUAUGCCGGUUGGAUGGUCCGGUAGAGUUUGGGGACGUCAUGGAUGCGCUUUUGAUGCUACUGGCCGUGGACGCUGUGCAACUGGGGACUGUGGUGGUUCACUUUUUUGUAAUGGAAUUGGUGGGACCCCUCCGGCUACACUGGCUGAGAUUACUCUGGGCAAUGAACAGGAUUUCUACGAUGUGAGUCUCGUAGAUGGUUACAAUCUCGCCAUUUCUGUAACUCCAGUUAGAGGCAAAGGGAAAUGCAGCUAUGCUGGAUGUGUGAGUGACUUGAACACAAUGUGUCCAGCAGGUCUACAAGUUCGUUCUCAUGACAAGAGUCAAGUGGUGGCUUGCAAGAGUGCAUGUUCAGCUUUCAAUUCACCAAGAUAUUGUUGCACAGGAACUUUUGGUAACCCACAAACUUGCAAGCCAACAGCUUACUCAAGGAUAUUCAAAACUGCUUGCCCCAAAGCUUAUUCAUAUGCUUACGAUGAUCCCACUAGUAUUUCCACUUGCACUGGUAGCAGCUACGUCCUCACUUUCUGUCCUCACCAUUAAUCUUGUCUUCUUCUUUUU